ACGACGCAAUCGAAUACUAAUAUCAAACAUUUUGGUAGGUUUCUCUCUCUCUCUCUCUCUCUCUUUCAAAUCAUAAAGGCAAAAUAAAGAGUUAGUCAUAGCAGCAAACAAAGAAAAUUGGAAAAGAGAAGUCACACGACCAAACAACCCAACUUAAUUUGAACGUUGAAAUUGCGCGGCGCGUGCAACUGUUUCAGAGCAAAAUGUCGUCAAAAAGUGGCAUCCACUUAUCGGAAUCUGACGCCGUUGAUUGUAACUUGAAGGAGACUGAGCUCACGCUGGGACUUCCUGGCACCAAAACUGGCACAAAACGUGCUUUCUCCGACCCCGUUGAGCUUCAUCUUGGAACCUCAAGGAGUGCUUCUGAAAAUUCAGCGAAUAAAAUGUCCACAUCCAAAUUCCCUACACCCAAGCAACAAGUGGUGGGGUGGCCGCCGGUGAGGGCGAGCAGAAAGAAUAUUGUGAUGAAGAGUUGCAAGUACGUUAAGGUGGCGGUGGAUGGAGCUCCAUAUCUAAGAAAAGUGGAUCUUGAAAUGUAUGAGAGUUAUGAACAUUUGAUGAGGGAAUUAGAGACCAUGUUUUCUGGCUUGACCAUUCGUAAUCAUUUGAUGAAUGAGAGGAAACUCAUGGACUCUGGAAAUGGAAUUGAGUACAUGCCCACCUAUGAGGACAAGGAUGGUGACUGGAUGUUGGUUGGGGAUGUACCGUGGAAGAUGUUCGUUGAAUCAUGCAAGAGGAUAAGGCUUAUGAUUAGCUCAGAGGCCAAUGGCUUAGGUCCGAGGACAGCUUCCAAAUGUACGGGUUCCAUUUAGAAGAAUAAGUAGUGUAAUGACCAUAAACUGAUAAAAAUCUACUAAUAUUCCAUAUCGGAGAACACCUUGAAAGCGUACAAGCUCCGGUUAGAAGCGUUAAUUUUUGUGUGAUGAAAUAUCCAUGGUGCUUGAUGUACAUGUCCCUUUAGCACCUAUAGUUAGUAACUUUCCAUUUGACUUUAAAACUAGAACAACGACUGAUCUCUAUAUUAGUGAUACAAAUAAAUAAAGGAGGCUGGCAUGUAAUAAAUAUUAUGAUCAUGGAGUGUGUAAUGUAAUGACUUUGGUGUCUGCAAAGAUAGUUGUUAAUUAUUGUAUCCCGUUUUUGUAGUUGUUGGAUAUAUUCACCGAUUGAUCGAUGAUUUUCGAUCCACU